GACCCGCUGAGUCUUGCUGAUGUGAGCGGACGAGUCAGCGAUGUCGGCAUCGGCGGGCUCAUCCUCGGUGGUGGCAUAUCGUACUUUUCGGGACGCUACGGAUGAGCCUGCGACAAUGUUCGCAACUUUGAAGUUGUCUUGGCUUCCGGCGAAGUUGUCAAUGCUUCUCCAAAAUACAACAAAGAUCUUUUGUUGGCUCUCAGAGGAGGUGGUGGGAACAAUUAUGGAAUUGUUACACGAUUCAAUCUCACAGCUUUCAAACAGGGCGAUGUAUGGCUACACACCGCGCUGUACCCCCUUUCUUCAAGCACCGAGCUUGUGCCUGCCUUUGUGGACCUGUCUGUCAACGGUUUACCGGCAGAUCCUGACGGGCAUACAUUCUUCGUCAUGACCAAUUUGGCAUCUCUCGGUGGGUUUGCCAUUGCGAACUACCUCUACUACGCCACGUCCCCUUCAUCUGCGGGAGAGACGCCCGAGGUUUUUGCAACGAGUGCAUCCGCUGCUGGAUCAUUUCUCAAUACAACCACGGUAGCCAACAUCACUACUGAUUCCAAAGCAAUCUCUGAACCAUACGGGGGACGUAAAGCUUGGGCCGGGACCUCUGUCUACUUGGGAGAGGGGUCAACACAGUUCAGGACAUCAUUCCGUUCUAUCAAGAGCAUGCCAAUCGCAAAAAACACAAACGAGACAGUGGAACCGUUCUUCACCUAUCAGCCCGUCACCGCAAAUAUUCUGGACGCAAUGCAAAAGAACGGCGGAAACGCAUUGGGGCUCACCCCGGAAAGGGGCCCACUGGUGCAUAUUUCGGUAGUCACACACUGGGAAACGUCACAUCUUGACCAUUUUGUGCAACAGAGUGCCGCGGACCUUAUUUGCGAGAUACAGGUUCUUGCAGAGGAGAGGGGCUUGUUUGCAGGUUACACGUACAUGAACUAUGCCGAGAAGAACCAGGAUGUGUACGCUGGGUACGGGUAGGAGAACCACGAACGGUUGAAGGAUAUUGCAGCAGCCUACGACCC